AUGUACCUGAGUGGGGACAAAAUGGCGGUGUCACUAAGCUUCGGAAAGAAGGUCAUCACGAACCGGACUCUCUCUAGUCGCAAACCCAGCCCAGUUUGUUUACCAUUACCUGGAGGACUAUCGAAAUUCUGCGGGCGAGUUUACAACAUAGCUAGAGCUGGCGAAGAGUUCCGCGCAUGUCUGGGCUUAGAACUGCAGUCGAAGACCUCUGUAGAAGCAGCGGUCAGAGUAUCUUGUUUUAAGUUUGGCCCCCGUGGAGUAACGACAGAACCUGCUGAUCCGCUCCCAUUGGUACCUCAAGGCGAGAACACUGGUGAUGAUGAUGAUGACGACGACGACGACGAUGAUUUCGGAUUAGGAGACGAUGACGAUGACGACGACGAUGACGACGACGAUGAUGAUGAUGAUGCAAGUUAG